GUUCAAGAUCAACCACCACAAGAAGACCGCGUAUGUAAUGGCAAAGGAUAUUGAUGAGUACGGACCCCAGCUUAAGUUGAUCCAGAACCGUGCCAUCACUUUCCAUUGUGGGUCACCCCGAAUCUUCUGCGGUACCCUUAUCACCGGAACCGCUCCCAAGAAGGACGAGAAGGAGGAGGAGAACGAGAAAGAGAUCUACGAUCGACCAUGA